AUGGAGAUUGCAGCUCUUUUGACAUCUGCUGGAAUCAAUAUUUCGAUAUGCAUUGUGCUUCUGUCACUUUACUCCGUACUAAGAAAACAGCCAGCCAAUUACUGUGUCUAUUUUGGACGGAGGCUUGUCUGUGGAGGUGCUAGACGUUAUGAUCCUUUUUGGUAUGAGAGGUUUGUGCCUUCUCCAAGUUGGCUGGUCAAAGCUUGGGAAACUAGUGAAGAUGAGUUAUUAGCUGCUGCUGGUCUUGACGCUGUUGUUUUCCUCAGGAUGGUCAUUUUCAGCAUUCGUAUAUUCUUUAUUACUGCUGUUGUUUGUAUUGCCUUUGUGCUUCCUGUAAAUUAUUAUGGCCAACCGAGGGUGCACAAGGAAAUUCAUUUGGAAUCAUCCGAAGUCUUCACUAUCGAAAAUCUUAAAGAAGGCUCAGAAUGGCUGUGGGUUCAUUGUCUUGCACUGUACGUUAUAACUUCAGCAGCAUGUCUUCUUCUCUACUUUGAGUAUAGGACCAUAGCCAAAUUGAGGCUUGGACAUAUUACUGGUUCUGCCCCAAAGCCAAGUCAAUUUACCGUUCUUAUCCGAGCUAUUCCAUGGCAUCCUGAGCAAUCUUACAGCGACACACUGAGCAAAUUCUUUACAAAUUACUAUUCAUCAAGCUAUUUGUCCCACCAAAUGGUUUACCAUAAUGGCAUCAUUCAGAGACUCCUGCAUGAUGCAGAGAGGAUGUGCCUGAGUCUAAAACAUGUUUCUCCUGAAAUCAGUUGUAAACCGAGUUUGACUCCAUGUAACUUUUGUGGAGGACCUACAGCCACAAAUUCGUUUCAUAUCCUAUCUAAUGAAGGUGACAGUGUGAAAGGAAUGGAGCGUGGUGAAUUGACUAUGACUACAACAGAGCAACAGGAACGUCCAGCUGCUUUUGUGUUUUUUAAGACACGCUACGAUGCACUUAUUGCUUCAGAGGUUCUACAAACAUCAAAUCCUAUGUUAUGGGUGUCGGACUUAGCUCCAGAACCUCACGAUGUGUAUUGGACGAAUCUCAACAUACCUUAUCGACAACUUUGGAUAAGGAGAAUAGCUACUCUUGUUGGUGCAGUUGCCUUCAUGUUUGUGUUUCUUAUUCCUGUGACCUUCAUUCAAGGUCUGACUCAGUUAGAACAGCUGUCUCAUGCAUUUCCCUUUCUAAGAGGCAUCUUGAAGAAGCAGUUUAUAAACCAGGUCAUCACAGGGUACUUACCCAGUGUGAUACUGAUUCUGUUUUUCUAUGCCGUUCCACCAUUGAUGAUGUAUUUUUCAGCCUUGGAGGGAUGUAUUUCACGGAGUAUAAGGAAGAAUAGUGCAUGCAUCAAAAUCUUAUAUUUUACCAUUUGGAAUGUCUUCUUCGUGAAUAUUUUAUCCGGGUCUGUUAUCCGGCAACUCAAUGUCUUCUCUAGUGUCAGAGACAUACCUGCACAACUUGCAAGAGCAGUGCCGACACAGGCUGGCUUCUUUACGACCUAUUGUUUCACAUCUGGAUGGGCCAGUUUGGCUUGUGAAAUAAUGCAGCCUAUGGCUCUUAUAUGGAAUCUGGGAGCGAAAGCUAUUUCCAAUAACAAGGAUGACUCAUACGAAACACUUAGGUUCCCGUACCAUACCGAAAUUCCUAGGCUGCUUUUGUUUGGGCUCCUCGGUUUCACCAAUUCUGUCAUAGCGCCACUUAUUCUACCGUUUUUGCUCAUAUACUUCUUCCUUGCAUAUAUAGUAUACAGAAAUCAGAUACUCAACGUGUAUAUUACAAAGUACGAAAGCGGUGGACAAUACUGGCCUGUCUUUCACAACACAACAAUCUUCUCACUGAUUUUGACACAGAUUAUUGCUUUGGGUUUUUUCGGAUUAAAGCUAUCAACGGUUGCUUCGGGUUUCACCAUACCGUUAAUUCUUCUCACUCUGCUUUUUAGUGAAUAUUGCCGGCAUAGAUUUGCGCCAAUUUUCCAUAAACAUCCCGCUCAGGUUCUUAUAGACAUGGACAGAGCUGAUGAAAUGGCUGGAAAGAUGGAAGAGUUACACAAAAAGUUGCAUAGUGUAUACUCGCAAAUACCAUUACACCUUCAGAAAUCAUCGAGCAAAGGUGAAUGCAGUACUACUCCUUUCGCAACUCAGGAGUUACCAGAUCAUGAGAAAUUGAAGCCAGAGGAAAGGGAUGCCAUAGCUAAAGAGUUAUGGGGCUUCCAGGGUAAUGAAUCUUGUCAAGAACAUGACACUAAGUCAUGUCCAAGUACUUCUUCACCAGAGCAUCUUACCCCAAAGAUGAUCGAACUCCACAAACGGAACUAG